AAAAUUAACGAAAAUAUGCACAACUACUGGCAAAAUAAUUUGUUGCGGUGAAGACUAGAUAAAGGAUCACAUCACAGUGGUGAUAUUUUAUGCUCACACGCUUUUAAUGUUUGUGGGUUGAAUCAAUACAGGGCAUUCGUUAAAAAAUGUUUGCCCAUUCUUUCUCUUCCUAACAUUACACACCGCAAUACAUCUGUUCUUUUAUUCCCUACUCACGUGAUUCGAUGGCUCCAGUGACCGGACGUAAUGAUUACUAAGUCUUAUGAUGCUGCCUUUUAUAUAUGCACCUAUAGGUUUAUUCUAUUCAGUAUUCCUGUCUGAGUAGACUGAAACAAUCAACGCUUAGAUCACUGGCACCUAAGAAUCAAUACUGAAAGUAUUGUAUCAGAAGCUACUGGAUGCACUUCAAUACCCAGGAUCGAUAACCAUCUAAUCACCAAGUUCAAGGUUUUGAAAUUACCACGAAACAGACUUCAUGACGGCGUCGAGUGAAUAAGGGACAAGUUCCAGUGAAGCUGGUUGACAAAGGAUACUCAUUCAGACGAAACUUUAAUAAGGAGAGAAAGUAAAUAUUCGGUUGUGCUGUAUAAGAUAAAAGGACGCAACCCGCAGCGAUAACGGUAUAAGGAGAAAAAAAUCAAUAACAAGUCGGAAGAGUUGGUAAAAAGGAGAACGGAGACAGAUUUGAAGAGAAGAGAGACUGAUUUUCCACGGUAAGAGAAUUGGGGAAAGAGAAAGAAGGGCAAAAGUAAAAGAGAAGGAGAAGAGGACUAAAGUAGCUUGAAUAGUGUAACGUUGCCGAAGAAAAAGAGAAGAAAAAGAAGAAGACGACGACGACUGCAGAAGAAGAAACACUUAGUAGUAUCUAACGCUGUCAGCGCCAAAAAACUGAACUAUAGAAAACGGUAAUCAAAGAAAAAAAGAAAAACAGAAGUUUGGCAGCAGUAGCAGUAUUACAACACCAAUCAACAACCUAACUAUGAAUAACAACACAUCAUCUAGUAUUAUCUAUCCUCUCGAGUCGCCAGAAGCAAAUGUCCGUUUUGUCGUUUACCUUGGAAGUCUAAUCUUAGGUACGUUUGGCGGAUGUACUGUCCUUGCAGCGAUAAUAACCAAGCAAGGAAACAAGACAGACAACGACAUUUUCUUGACUAAUCUCGCCAUUUCCGACAUGCUGACAAUCUGGGUUUACGUAGGAGUCCAUUUUUACCUUCUCUCCGGUCAUCUCUAUGGAAAAUACUUCUGUCUGUACUUCUGGCCACUCAUGAGCGUGCCACUGUGUGCAAGUAUAUUUACUAUCACAUCCAUGGCUGUUAUAAGGUGUCGCAGUAUCUUGUUCAUGUGGACUCAAAUGAUCACUCAAAAAACUGCUAAGAUUUGGGUUCUAGGCUUAUGGAUAGCAGCAUUCAUCGUUCUUAUCCCCGCUCUUGCUGUUUCAAAGUCAGCUGGUCGAUUCUGUCAUCUUGACUGGUCUACGAUAAGUCAGAGAAGAGCGUACGUUUUCUUUAUUUUUACUGUUGAAUAUCUGUUCCCUUUGGUCAUAGUGCUAUGUUGCUACGUUGGCAUCGGCAUGAGCUUGAAGAAGCUCGAAGGACAAGUGCAGAGAGAGAAUAUACAACGUGAGAAUAAAGACAUCAUCAAAGCAAUUGCAGCAAUUGUCAUUGUAUUUGCUAUCUUCCUGAUGCCUUUACAAGUUGGAAUGAUGAUGUGGGAGUUUGGAAACACAAAAGCAAAGAAACUAGUCCUGACCUUCAUGAACUAUGCGGAUAUAUUAUGCAUCUUUCACAGUUGCCUCAAUCCAUUCAUCUACGGUAUUGUUCCCAGAGAGUUUCGUAAUCGCUACUCUAAGUGGAUUACAGUGGUCAUAAACAAAAUCAUAAACAACUGCUGUCGACUCUCAAGAUAUAAAUUCAGAGAACAACGAAAUAUGGGUGGAAAUAAUGUCUAUCUUGGGACAACCGAUGAUAUAAUACUUUAAUAAAUUCAGUUCAAUUUCGCAUACUGGAGAAAACCCAUCAUUACAACUUCUGUAAGAAAUCCCAGAUACGUGUAAACUGAAAAAAAGAAAUUAUAGCAUAGUUCUUAAAAGUG